GGGCAGCCCGCAACCCGAGGCCGGACCGCCGGCCGCCCACCGCCCGCCAACCCGAGCCCCAGGCCCGGCCCAGGCGGCCCCCACCAGGGGCAGCCCGCAACCCGAGGCCGGACCGCCGGCCGCCCACCGCCCGCCAACCCGAGCCCCAGGCCCGGGCCCAGGCGGCCCCCACCAGGGGCAGCCCGCAACCCGAGGCCGGACCGCCGGCCGCCCACCGCCCGCCAACCCGAGCCCCAGGCCGGGCCCAGGCGGCCCCCACCAGGGGCAGCCCGCAACCCGAGGCCGGACCGCCGGCCGCCCAGCGCCCGCCAACCCGAGCCCAGGCCGGGCCCAGGCGGCCCCCACCAGGGGCAGCCCGCAACCCGAGGCCGGACCGCCGGCCGCCCACCGCCCACCCGAACCCAACCGCCAGGGACCCAGCGCACCAGCCGAGCCGGGGGACCCACACGGAAGCACCCCGGCCCGGCGACACACGGAGGGCCGCGCCGCCCAGACGCCCGCGCCCCGGGGACGCGAAAAAAGACGGGGGGCCCGGGGACGCGAAAAAAGACGGGGCGCCCCGGGGACGCGCAGAAACAGGGGGGGCCCCGGGGACGCGAAGAAAGGGGGCGGGCCCCGGGGAGGCGCAGAAACAGGGCGGGCCCCGGGGAGGCGCAGAAACAGGGCGGGCCCCGGGGACGCCCAGAAACGGGCCGGGCCCCGGGGACGCCCAGAAACGGGCCGGGCCCGGGGGGCGCAAGGGGGGACCAGGGGAGGACCGGGGCGGCGGCCGGGCCCGCGCCCGGGGCCGAGGCACGCGGGGGGCCGGGGCCGCCGCCGCCACCCCCGCCGGGGGGGGGGGGAGGCGGGGGCGGGGGCGGGACGGGGGCAGGGGGACGGGCGAAAGAGGGCGCCGGGGGAGGACCGGGGCGGCGGCGGGGCCCGCGCCCGGGGCCGAGGCCAAGGCCCGGCGCCCCGGGGACGCGGGAAGCAGGGGAGGGGGGGAGGGGCCAGGGGGCCGGGAGGCCACCGACAAAAGCGGGGAGCAAGGGCGGACGGGCAAGAGAGCGCAGCGAGGGAGCGGCGCGGCGACGGACGAAACCCGGACCCAGAAGCAGGGCGGCGGCAAGGGAGGGAGCACCAGGGGCGCCACAAACAGGCGGGGCGAGGAAGGAGAGGGGCGACCACCAGCCGGCCGCACCCCAGCCCGGGCACGAACGGCGCGGCGCACCGACCGAAGCCGGCGAGCCGGGGCCAACCGAAGAGCCGCGGCGCGACGGGAGCGGGACGGCGAGGCGGGAGGCGGACGGAGAGGCGGGCAGGCAGAAGCCCACAGAGGGGAGCGGCGCACCAGGGGCGCCGCAGCCAAGCACAGACACCAAAGGGCGGAACCGGCGGGGCCGCGCGGACGGAGCAGGAGGACGAGGGCAACAACACAGCAGCAGGAGGGGAAAACGAACCGGGCGCACGACGGGCGAAACCCAGCGCACGGGCCCGAGGAGGGGGGGAACAAGCCAACGCGGGGGGAAGGCGGCGGCACAAGGAGAGGAAGAGCCGACAGCGAAGGAGCAAAAAGCGACGGCGCGAGGAACGCGGGGCCGCCACAAGCCAGGGAGCCCGGGGGAACGGGGCGGACACCGCCGGCGGAAAACCCAAAAAGGCAGAAGGAGCGGGAGGCCCCGCGGGCACGGGCGGGAGGCAGACGGAAAAGCAAGAGCAAGCGAGCGGGGCCCGGCGGCGCCACGGGAGGGGCGGGCCGCCCGGAGCGCGCCGGAGGACACCGGCGGGACCGGGGGACAGGGGGACCGCCCCAGGCAAACGCCCCACCGGCCACGGGCCCCGGAGCGGGGCACGCCCGGCGGGGCCGGGCGCGGGACGCCAGAAGCGAGAGCCCGCGCGGGGCGCGCCGCCCCGCCGCACCGGGGAAGGGAAAAAACGAGAAGAGGAGGGGGAGGGCACCGGCGGCCGAGGCCGCCCACGGAGGCGACACCGCGCAGGGCGCGGCACAGGGCCAGACGAGAGGCAAGCGCAACAGGGGCGGCGGGCCCCGCGGAGGCGGCCAAGCCCGGGCCCGGGGCGGGGGGGGCGCGAGAGAGGAGGGAGGGACAGGGGGAAGCGCGGGCAGCCAGGCAGGCGCGGCACGAAGGAGAGGACGAGGCAGGGGGCGACCGGAAGAGAGGCAGAGGGACGCCCGCCGGGGACCCGCGCGGCAGGGAAGGGCGGCACGGGGACAGGCAGAGCACGGGGCAGAAAGCACAGCGCGGCAACACCCCCCGGGGGCCGGCGCGAGGCGGGGGGGAAGGAAACAGGCGGAGGCCCCGGGGCCGCACCAGGGCGAAGGCAGCGGCGAGGCGCCAGCCGAGGCGACCCGCCGGGGGCCCGCGCGAACGGGGCCCAGCGGGCGCCGGAGCGGGGGAGAGCCGCGAGAAGGGCCCGGCGCGCGGCCAGAGGCGCCGCCGCCGACCGCCGGACCCGGGCCCCGCCGCCGGCCCGCCGGCCACGCGGCGGCGGACACCGCCCCCCCGACCGACCCAGCCCGGAGAGCCAAGCCGGAGCCCGAAGGGACGGAGCGGAGGGGCCGACGGCCCGGACCCCCCGGGGGCCAACAGGCCAGAGGCGGGGCACCGGGGAGACCGGCGGCGGAGAGGGGGACGGCCGGGCGCGAGAGGGACACCGGCGCCCCCGGAGGGGCAAGGGCCAGCGAGAGCGCACCGGACGCCGCCGGAACCGCGACGCGGGCCAGGGCACGGGCCCCGCGCGCGGGGCGAACCCAGGCCAGGGCGCCCGGCCCGGCACAAAGAAAAGAGAACGCGCCCCGGGGCGCCCGCCAGCGGCGCCGGGAGCGGGGGCGGGACCGCACGGGACGCCGCGCGGCGCCGAGCGCCGCCACGCCAGAGGCGGGGAGCGGAACCCGACGCCCGGGCGAGCGGCCGGGGGCGACGGAGGCCAGCGCCCCACCCGGCCGAACGGCGGGCGCCCAGCGCGGAGGACCGACGGACCCAGGGGCAACGGCGGGGCACAGGGAACCCGGCGCCACGGCGGCCGGCAAAGGGCGCGGGGGAAGAGGGGCGACGACCACCAAGAGCGGCACCCGCGGCGGCGCCACCCGGGCCCGCGCCCGAGGCGGCCGGGCGCACCGCGGCGGCCCGCCGACGCGGCGCGGCGGAGCCCGCGAGGCGCCGGGGGCCGGCGACGGCCGGGGAGGGGCCCGACGCGCCAGCGCCAGCCAGGGGCAGGGCGAGGGGAGGCGGCAGGGGAGGGGGACACACGCCGGAGCGGAGGCCGACGGCCAGGGCCACCGGCCGGCGGGCGAGAGCGACCAACACCGGGGCGGGGGGCGGAGGAGCGGCGGCAGCGGGCGCCGGAACCCGGCGGGCGGGGCAGCCCGCAGCGCCAGGGCGGCGGACCAAAAGGGGCCCACGGGGCGGCGCGCAGGCCACGCCCGGCGCCAAGCCAGCGAGCCGGGCGGCGGACCCAGGGAAAGGGGGAGAAGAGGGGGAGAGCGGGGCGGCCCCAAGACCGCGAAGCAGGCGCGGGACCAGAGAAAACGGCGAGACGCGGAGCGCCAGCGAGCCGGAGGGAAACGGCGGAGGGAACCAGCGACGAGAGGGGGCGAGGAGGCGGGCGCCCCGAGACCCAGGGCGGACGACCGAGGGGCACGGCAGGACCGCGACGGGCCGCCACCAGAGGGGCCGCGGGCGGCGCCCGGCCCAGGCAGAGGGCACCAGCGGGCGGGGCCGAGCGCACGCGCGCACGCGCCACCGCCCCGACGGGGCGGGCGAGACGGGCCGGGGGGGCGCCCGGAGCCCCGCGGGGCCGGGAGCCCACCGCAGCCGGCGCGCGCCGGCCCGCACGGGCAGGGCGCCACGGGGGGGCGGCACCCGCGGACGCGCGCGGGCGGGAGACGCCGGGGGCCGGGGGGCAAGACGGGGCGGGGGGGGGGCCGACAGCGCCGCAGACCCCGGACGCCGGGACGGGGGCCGGGCCCCGCCCGGGCGGCGCGACGCGGGGGGGGCGCACGGAGGACAGGCCGCCCCGGGCGACAGGCGCGCCGGGAGCGAGGGGGCCCCGGCCCGCCCCGCGGGGAGAGAGGGCGCAGCGAGCACGGAGGCCACGGCCCCGGGAAGCGGCGAGGGACGGGCGGGGGGGCGCGGGAAAGCGCGCGGCCGGAGCCGCGAGCCACCGGCGCCCCGAGCCGGGCCAAGCCGACCGAGACCAGCGCCGGGGAGAGGGCCCGCGAGGGGAGCCGCCCGCACCGAGCGGCCGGCCCGGACCCGCCGAGGGGAAGCCCCCGGGCAGACGGCGCGGACCCCACCCGGGGACCGCGCAACGGGGGCACGCCCGCGGGAACGCGCGCGGCAAAGGGCGGGCAACGGGCCCGGAAGGGACGGGGGACGAGCGGGCGCGGGCCGGGAGGGAGCCGGAGAGGGAGGGGACCACCCGCGGGGGGCGGCAGGCCCAAACAACCCGACGCCGAGAAGACCGGACCCCGGCGCGACGGGGGCCGGGACCGGCCGCACACCGGCCACGGGCGGAGCCGCGAGCAGAAGGACGCAGGCCCCCGAGCGACACCGGGCAAGCGGGCGGCCGGACGCCACAGGGCCCACGGCCGCCCGGCGGACGGGGAGGCGGCGCGGGGCGCGGCCCGCGGCGCGCGCCGCGACGGAGGGAAGCCGGGGGAGGGGCGGGGCCGCCGCGGAGGAAGAGGCGGAAAGGCAGCGGGGGGGCGCGGCGGAGCGGAGGGCGGAGGCGAAAGGAGAGGCAGGCGGGGCGCCCCGAGAGGAGGCGCACGGGCGCCAGGAAGAGGGGGCGCACACCGCCGCGGGAGGCGCGGGGCGCGAGGCGAGCCGGGCCCCGACCAACCCGAGGCGGAACCCGCCACCCCCGCGCAGGCAAGCCCCCGCGAGAGCGGAGCCACCCCGCGCGCGCAGACACCGGCGCACGCGGAACGCGGGCAGCACGGAGACGAGGGGGCCACCGGCAGCCGCGCCCGACGCAGGCGCGAGGCCGACGGGGGGGGAGGGCGCCCCGCCCCGGCCCGGAGGCCGGAGAAGGAGGGAGAGAGAGGGAGAGGGCAGGGAAGCGCGCCGACGGGGAGGAAGGGGAGGCCGGACAGGCCGACGCGCACACGACGCGCCGCACACGGGGGGCAAGCCCAGAGGCGGCGCGGAGGGGGACGAAGGCGCGGCGGCGCCGGCGACGGCCCCAGCCGCGGAAACGCGGAGGGGGCCGAGGGAGGGCAAAGCGACCCGCAGACAGGCGGAGCCCCGGGAGGAACCCGGGGCCGCAAGGGGCGGGCGAAGGGGCGAGGAGCAAGGGGGCCGGGCGAGGCCGCCGCACCGCGCGGAGGGGGGAGGGGCCGAGGGGGAGGAGAGGGCCAGGCCCGGGGGGCACCGGACGGCCGCCGCCACCGCCGCACCGGCGCGCCCGCCGGGGCAGACAGCGAGCAGCGACCCCGGCGGCAAGGCCGGCAGCCCGCGGAGCAGGCCGGCGGGGAGGGGCGGCGCGGGCAGGCGGAGAGGGAGGCGGGGCGCGGACGGCGCACCGAGGGGCGGGCCGGGCCGGGACGAGGCCGAGACCAAGAAAAGGGACGGAGAGGCAGAGCGCCGAACCGCCGGAGCGGACGGCGCCCGGGAGCGGCGGGAGACCCGGGCCCCCGGGAGGCGAGAGAGACGAGCCGGGGGACGAGGGAGACCCGAAGCGACCGGAGGCAGCCAGGGGGGGCCAGCGCGCGCAGCAGCAGCGGCGGCGAGGACAGCGGGAAGGAGCCGGCCGCAGGGGCACCGACGGAAACCGGGGACGACGGGGACGGCCGCGAGAGAGGCAAGGGGGAGCGGCGGCGCGGCGCGCCGCCAGGGCCGGGACCGACCCCGGCGGGGCCGAGCCGAGGACCGCACGAAACCAGCCAAGCGGGAGGAGCGACGGGCGGGGGGGACAAAGGGCAGGGACGGAAGCAACGCGAGCGGAGGACCCGCGCGGACGGGGAAGGCCGCGGGCAGGGGAAAGAAGGGCAAGCCCCAAGCCCGAGCACGAGGGGGGGGCAGCGGGGGACCCACGCCGCGCGGCGAAGGGGAGACACACGCGGAGCCACGCAGGGGGGCGCGCGGGCAGCCCCGGACAGCGAAGGGCAGCACAGACCGGGGAGGCGCAAGCGCGGGGGGCGGAACGCCACGGGGCCCGCGAAGAAGGGGGACGCCGACCGCACGGGGCCGCGGAACGAGGGAGCAGGCCGGAGGCGCGGGCGGGAGCGGAAGGAACCAGACAAAGCGCGCCACCAACGAAGAACGGCCAGGCACCACCACCCACAGAAGCGAGAAAGAGCGAGCAAGCGGGCAAGCCGGGCCGGGGCCGGGCCGGGGGAGGGGGCCCGGGGGAGGCAAAGGAAGCCGCAGGCGCCACGCCGGGGGGGGCCCGGCCGGCAAGGCCGGGAAGGGGCAGCGGGGCAACCAGACGCCCCCCGGAACCCAAAGACGGGGGGGCCCGGACGCGGCCCGGCGGGCAGGGGAAGAACGCCGCCGGAGCGCGAGGGGGCAGCGGGGAGGGGCGGAACGACGACGGGAGCGGAGCGGCGGCGAACCGCCGACGGGCGGGCGGGAGGAAGGAAAACAGGCGGGGCAAAGGCGGGCGCGGGCGGCCGGCGGGCGCCGGGCCAAGAAGGGCACCGCGAGCGGCACAAGACGAAGGCCCCCGGCCGGCCCGCGGAAGCAGGGCCCCAGGGCAGAGAGAAAACCCACAAAAGAGAACCGGAGGCCGAGGCCAGGAGGCCGAGCGGCGGGAGGCAGGCGACCGGGCCGGCGGGGAACACGCGAAGGGGGCAAAGGAAACGCGGCGGACCCCGCGGGACACGCAGCGAAGAGCAGCGAGGGGGCGCCGAGAGGCAGGGGCGGGGACAGACGGGAGCGCGCCGCGCGGCGGACCGGCAGCGCGAGCCCGAGAGCCAACGACGAGCGGGGGAACGGCAGCAACGGGAAGAGACGCGAGGGGAGCGGGAAGGACCGCGGCGGCGGGCACCAGACGGGCCCGCCAAGGGAGCCGCGGGAAAGGAGGGAAAGGGGACGCAGGCCAAGGACAGGGCCGCGAAAGAGGCCGGGAGGGGAGGGGCGGCACGACCGCCCCGAGGCGGGAGGGGGGAAGGGCGCGCCGGCGGCCGGCCGGGGAGGGGGGAGCCGGGGCGCAGGCGCCCGCGCCGGAAGCGAACCCGGAGGCCCCGGACCCGGGGGCACCAGGGGAGGCACAGAAAGGACCAGCGAAAGGGGAGAGGGCAGACAGGCGAAGGAGACGGCGCCGCCACGAGGGCCAGCGAGCGGCGCGAGGGAGCGAGAGGCACCAAAGCGGCCGGGGCACCCCGAGAGGCACCCCGCAGGGGGGGGGGCGGAGAAAGGCACGCAGCCCCGGAGGGCAGCGCGCGGGGGCAGGAGGAGCGCGAGAAGGGCCACAGGGAGCCAAGGAACGGGAGAGCGAGCAAAGGAACCAGAACGGAGGGAAGGAGCCAGGCGCAGGGCACGGGACCGGCCGGGGGGACGGAGACGGGCAGGGCGGAAGCGGGGAGACAAGCAGAGGCGACGGGCAGGAGCAACCAGGGAGCCCCCCGCGGAGGCGGGGCAGACACGGAGGGCGGCGCGGCCGCCCGCCCGCCGCCGGGCGCGCCAACGGGGCGGGGGCCGCCCGGGGCCGCCGGGAAGGCGGCGCCCGGCGGAGGACCGAAGCAGCGGGGGCCGGGGGCGGAGACCCCCGGCGCGCGGGGGCGAGAGGCGGGCGGGGAGAAACGCGGGGGCGCCGGAGGCCGCGGCGCAACGGAGCGGGGGGAGGGGAGGCCGGCAGAACCCACGACACAGCGCCGGGCGCCGGCGGAGGACGGCGGAGGCAGACGGGGCGGCGCGGGCGCGCGACAGAGCGGGCGAACCCAGGGGAAGGGCGGGGGGCGGGGCCGGGGAGGGGGGGGCGCCCCGGCGAACCACCGCGCACGGACCCACCGGGGACAGAGAGGCCGGCCCGCAG